GCUAACUACUACAUGGACAUCACCACGCCUAGCGAUUUUUUUGGAUCUACUCAGUGCCACAGCAUCGGCCCGGUCCUUGCCGAUUGCCCCACGUUCGAGUAUCUCCUCCGCAGCAGUGACCCCCCUUCACAAUCAGAGUACACGCACAUCUCGGAGAUGCUACAUGUUGCCUCUGAUCGUAUCGAACAGUUAGACGCGUCCGUGGGGUAUGAUAAAGACGAAGAAGCUCAUCUAAAACAGCUUAUUGACGCCUACCGAUCAAUUCUCUCUCCUCUUCGAACUUUCCCUUCGGAACUCUUGAUGGAGAUAUUUCAACACGCAGUGGAAGAUUUCUUCCCCGUUUUUGACCUGUCGCAAACUCCGUGGGUUCUAUGCCGUGUCUGUCAACGCUGGCGAGACGUUUCACGCUCUUGUGCGGAACUUUGGGCGUCUUUGUCAAUGGAAGGUUAUCCUCAACUUAAAAGAUUAGGAGAUGGAAUGAAAGAUCUUCCCGCUAUUCUGGAAGAUGCUCUGGACUUAUCGCGACAGAGAGAUUUGUCUAUCAGAUAUUCUCUGACUGGUAUCCCUUUGGCCACAGACUCACAGCUCAUCCGGCGUAUCGUUGGAAGGAUGUGUAUUUUUCCAUCUCGCCCUGCCUCGUUCCUUAUUUUGAUAUAUUACCCGAAGAAGCACUGGAACCGUUCCUCCUGGCUCCAAAUACCCGCGAUGUUACCCUUUAUCUUGUUGCUCAUUCCUAUCUCCGACCAUCAUGGCGACAUCACUCAUUUUCGAGACGAUCAUCCUGCUACCGUCGGCGACCACCUCACCUUCUUAUCUCGAUCGACCCAGCUCGAAAGCCACACGAUAACUUGGUGCGUUCCAACACGCGAUAUAGGUGGUAUGUCUUUGACCAAUGUCACUCAUGAAACUCUGCGCUCGCUGAAUAUCGAAGACAUUGAUUUGAUCCAAUAUCUUAUAUGUCCAGCAUUGGAGGCACUUUCUGUUGAGAGCAGGUUGCGUAGCGCAGCGGGGAAAGCCAGGUCUGGAGUCGAAGGUCAAAAGCUGCUACGAUUAUCGACCAUCUUCGAUGUCGAGAGACCGGUAAAUAUCUUCCGUCAGUUUUCUACUCAUUCAGGCAACCUCCAGCAUCUUAACCUUUCCAUACCUUUCAUCGGACAAAACUAUUACUCCCUUAUGUAUGAGCUUUCUACCGAUUUAUUUCCGCGACUAUACUCCUUCACUCUGGCCUUGGAACCUCAUAGAACUUUCCAAAUACACUCAGGAUCAUUCCUCUUCCCACUUUUGGCCUUCAUCGAGGCUCGAUGGCAUCCUGAUACUUUGUUGCGGCGCGUGGCGAUAACAACCAGUCUUGAGAUUGUUGAAAGCGGUCUCCUCGAUCGUUUGAGAACGUUCAAAGAGGAUGGGUUAGACAUAUCUUACAAUGGGAACGAUCUAGACUAUGGAAUCCGAUGUCAUCCCAAUGGAUGGUCGGAUUACCGCUACGCAAUAUUUUACUACUUUGAGUGUUUACAGAUACGUUCCAACUUGGAAGCCCAGUUGGCAUUCAUUACGGUGUUGGCACUCCAGCAACCCACUCACGUCGGGGCUCAGCAAACACUGUCGUUGGAAGCGGCCCCCCUUCUUUCUGCCUUACGCGAUAUCAAGAAGAUAAAAACAACUCGCCGCUUCUCGAGAAGGGUCGUCAAUCAUCAUCCUAUGACCGAUAUUGCAAUCGAGUUCGAACUGAGGAUUAGCGGCGGCGGCGUCUUGGCUGUGCGGCAACAUGCCGGUGCAUUGACUAGGGCAGAGCAACACUCGCUUAUCCCUCGGCCGUUGACGCAGAACCGAAGAGAAACUCUUUCACGCUCUUCUAGGUGUAUCGUUACUAAAAAGAAGGAACUCGAAUGGGGAGGUAUAGGGGUCAGGUUGGGGGAAUUACAUUACGGGAAGAUCUGCAAUGGUAUGCGUGUUCAGCUUUUGAAUGUAAAAGGUGUUGUGUUUACUGAACUCCGUCACUACCGAUUUUCGAUCCUCCCACCCUCCCCGUUCGAGCCUCGAUUUCCAAGGGGAAGUAGGUUCUCUGGAAUUCCGCUCGCGGGAGGCAUGCAUAAGCAGCUCUCUCCCGACCCGUGUUAA